AUGGUACCUGAGCCGUCGUAUGAGUACUACCCUGUCAGGGCGCGGUUCCCAGACACAGAAUCCAGGGCUGAAGAUGGAAUUAACCGACGAGUCUUUGCUCGUCAAAACAUUGACGAUUGGAGCUCCAAGUGGUCCAAUAAAGGGCAGGUUGAUCUUUUUAUCAUGGGCUUGGAUAAACUACAGAAAUUGGAUCCCAAGGAGAGACUAUCCUAUUUCCAAGUCGCGGGUAUUCACGGUCAACCCUUUGUGCGCUGGGAUGACCCCAGUCCUGAGCCCAUGAAGAAUGGAUACUGCUUCCAUGCGCAUAUCAUCUUUCCAAUUUGGCACAGGCCAUAUGUUCUUCUCUUCGAGCAAGCCAUAUACGACGUCAUGAUCAUGGAAGUAAUUCCCCAGUUUCCAGAGGACCAGCAAGCUGCUUGGCGGGAAAAGGCUGACGCCUGGCGUCUUCCAUUCUGGGAUUGGGCGAGAAGUGGUCGGGUUCCCGACCUUGCCAAGUAUCCUACCAUAACUGUCCCGAAGCCAGAAGGGGGAAGAAUGCGCAUUGACAAUCCUUUGUUCCAAUUCCGUAUGCCAACAGAUAAGCCCAUGCGGAGUGAAGGUGUUGGCACUGAGAACACUUGGGCCAACGACGCAGAUCAAGAAGAGUACAAAAAUUUUGGCAAUGCGAUUGGUACCAGCAGAUGGCCCGACGAAGAAGAUCAGAAGCCUACUAGCGAAGGCUGGCGUCACGGUGUGGUCAACAACCGCAAAGUUGCCGAUGCGUUCAACGCACACAUGGGGUACAAUGACAAGAAUCAUGGUCCUGCUGCAGAGAUGGUCUACCGACUGCUCACGGUGCCCAUGGAUUACACUACUUUUGCGAGUACAAAUCCCGCCUCGAAAGACCAAAGUGUGGAUGAAGAUCUGAAUAUCGAAUACAUACACAACAAUAUUCACGGAUGGACUGGUGCCGAGGGGCACAUGGGAAAUGUACCAGUCGCGUCCUUUGAUCCUCUAUUCUUCCUGCACCAUUGUAAUAUCGAUCGCAUUUUUGCUAUCUGGCAAGCGUUGAACCCAGAAAAAUGGCUCACCAAUAUCCCCUCCGAUAACGCCACUAUUUCGGGAUUCUUUCGGCAAAGAGCAUGCAAUGGUGUGCGACACACUCCCAAUCUGGGGUACACAUACCCGGAAAUUCAAAGAUGGAAUGCCAAAUACUAUCAAAAUGAAUCCUUUGAUCAAUCCUUGCUUGCGGAAGAUCUGAAUACCGCGAUUAACAAGCUGUACGGUGUCUCCCGAGAACUGGCCUUAGACUCGAAGGCUCCGACUCCCGAUGGGGUGGAGCAAAUUGAUGGCGGACUGCAGAUCACGGACUUCGCAUUUAGUAUUCGAUUUGUGAAGUAUGCUUUGGGAGGGCAGCCAUUCUGGGUCAAGCUGUAUUUGGCACAAGAAGACGGAGUUCAAGUGCCAGUGACGGAUCUAAUUGCAGAAGUAUACAACUUCAGCCAGAAACCGGAGCUUGACGGGGCGACUGUCUGUGGAAAUUGCAAAAACGGCCAGACAGUUCGUAUCAAGUCGACCGCCUAUAUCCCGCUUACGCCUGUACUUUACAAGCUACUACGUGAUGGUCGCAAACUCAAGUCAUUGACACGAGAGGAGGUUCUCAGCUAUCUACAGAAAAGGGCCUACUGGCGAGUUGUCAAGAAUGGCAAGGAAUUGCCUCGCUAUGAAGUUGAAAAGCUCGACUUGGAGAUAAUUGGCAGCAGUAAUGCUACCAAGUUCUUCGAAAACCCUGCAAGACCGCCAGCUUUUGACAACUUCCAAAAAGAGCCCACCAUAACGGGUGGCGCAGAUGGAGCAUUGGAUCCAGAGCUCAAACAGCCCAAGGUCCAACCUCCAGCUCCAAGACCAGCAAGGCCUCGAGCUAAUUUGCCACUGCACACGACCCUCAAGUUCCACAGGCAGCUCAAGGCUGAUAGCGUCAUUUUGCUGGAGUCAGCGACUGUCGACUUGGUCAGCCCUGGAAAAGGAAUCGACAUGACUCAAAUUUCCAUAACAGAUGCCGCGAACGAGACAAUCUUCCAUAUGUCCAUCCGAAGAGGUCAAGGUCAGAUCAUGUUUAAUGCUAAGGUUGGAAGCUCAUGGGGUAAGGAAGAAUUGAUCAGCCUCGAAAAUCGCUUCCGGGCGGAAGAAGGAACAACCAUCAUGAUUCACGAUCAGGGCACCGGAUUUGAAGUCUGGAUUGAUUGGAUUCAUGCAAUUUGGUUUGCUAAACGCGUGAAAGAUAGCAUACCUAAUGCUAUUUCGUAUGGGCUGGGUAAUGCGGAAGGAAGUUCUGUGCUAUCAGAGGAGUUGGAAGUGCGCACUUAUCCAUCGAUGAAGGCGCUCUUCCUACAGAAGCACGAGAACGAAGAGCACAUAUCACUCUGA